GUCACGCAGCACUGGUGUAUGAGGGAAAAUGUAUCGUCUCGGUCAACAGAACAUCUUCAAGAUCGCCUUCGAUUUAUCCUUUUCUACGGUGCCACGGGAACAUUCUCACUUUACGAGACAAUACAAUAAAAGUUGGUCGUGUAUUGGCUGAUUUUUAACUAUAUUUUUAUUAAAUCUGCACGAAAAUGCCGAGGAUCAAGAAGAAGAAAAGCAGGGGGGGCCAGCAUGGAGCUGUGCAGCCUUUCAGCGACGAGGACGCCUCCAUUGAGACCCUCAGUCAUUGCAGCAGCUUCAGUGACGCCACUAGUGUGGCAGACGAAGGUGGAGAGGCCAGUGAGGACACAGCCCAGGAAGAUUUCCAGUACAAGUUGAAGGGGUUCAUCGACAGCACUGUGGAUAAAAGUGCUAAGACCCGACAGGGGGCUCUGGAUGGGCUGAAGACGGCUAUGGCCACACGGAUCCUGUACGAGUUCAUCUCAGACAGAAGGAUGACCAUCACAGACAGCAUUGAGCGUUGCCUCAAGAAAGGCAAAGGUGAGGAGCAGCGAGCGGCAGCUUCUUUGGCCUGCUUGCUCUGCAUUCAGCUGGGCUCGGGAAUCGAGAGCGAGGAGGUUUUCAAAACCCUGAAGCCCAUCUUCAAAAUCAUCCUGGCCGAUGGAUCAGCCAACAUACAAGCCAGACAAGCUGUGGCGACAAGUCUGGGACUGUGCACACUUGUUGCAGAGGAUGACAUUUUGGAUGUUCAGGCCACCAUGGAGUGCUUUGAGAGCCUGUUCACCAGGUCUUAUGCAAGAGCAGAUGGUACCUGUCCUUCCAUCAGUCCGCAGAUGAGCCAGCUCCACACCAACGCCCUGCUGUCCUGGGCGCUGCUGCUCACCAUCUGUUCAGCCAGCCAGCUCAAAGAUAUCCUCCACAAACACCUGUCCAAACUACAGCGGCUGCUCGAGAGUGACGACGUCAACAUGAGAAUUGCUGCUGGAGAAACCAUCGCCCUGCUCUUUGAGCUGGCCAGAGACAUGGACUCUGAGUUUGAAUUCGAUGACUGGGAUGGACUGUGUGACAAGCUGAAUGCGUUGGCAACCGACGGCAACAAGCACAGAGCCAAGACCGACAAGAGGAAGCAGCGCUCGGUGUUCAGGGACGUGCUCAAGGCUGUGGAGGACGGUGACUUCCAGUCCGAGACCAUUCGCUUUGGGACGGAGCGCAUGAUCAUUGACAGCUGGGUCAGGAAAAGGACUUAUGAUGCCUUCAGGGAGUUCGUGGGCUCAGGAAUGAACUACCACCUACAGGCAAACGAGUUCAUCAGAGAUGUGUUUGAACUGGGACCACCGAUGCUGGUAGAUUCUGUUACGAUGAAGGCUAUGAAAAUCUCUCGUUUUGAAAGGCAUCUCCACAACUCUGCUGCAUUCAAGGCUCGGACGAAGGCCAGGAGCAAGUUCAGAGACAAGAGGGUGGAUGUGGGAGAAUUUUAAUAUUAUUUUUGUUAUUUUUCUUUACUUGUUGACUCUAAUAUUUAUCAGGCUUCCUUGCUUUUUAGACGAACCUUCACAAGUAAAUGUAUUUACAUGAUUGUCCCCCUCUCAAUCUGUUGUAUUAAACACUCUCCUCCUAUAACACUUGCCUUGUUUUGACUCUAUUUGAUAGCUGCUAAGCUCUGAAAAGAAGACACAAAAAUGAUGUUUUGUUUUUUUUAAUAGGACGUGAGUGUUUAAUUAUCAGAUUGUGGAAAUAUAAUACCUAUCUAAUGUUAAUCCACAGAAAAUGGUUAUGUUGUACAUAUCUGUAUAUUUUCACAUGUGUUUUUUCUUCUUUACCAUAGGACUUUAAUUUAAAGAAAAUUGUCAUUUGUGCUGUUCAAUGUAGUCUUGUUUUUGGUACUUGACACAUGUUGUGACUGACAAACCCUUUGGAUUUGUUUUCAGUUGCACUAACUAGUUAACCUGAGCAAAUUAUUUAUAUGGUGACUAUUGUUUAGUAGUGCGUAUCCUGUAUACUGUAAGGGAAAAACAUGGUGAAAUAAACUGGGGAGCAAAGAAA